AAAUAUUAAGUCAAACAAAUAUUAAAACUUUUGAAAAAAUAUUAGAAAAAGAAGGGUUUGAUAAAGAUGAAUUAUUAUUAUCUAAUAAUUCAAAUUUAAGUGAAACUAAUACAAUGACUAAAGAUGAUUUAGUUUUAUUUUUAGAAACAAGUCUAGAUUUAAAUGAUGAAAUUUUUAUUGAUGAUUUAGAAAAUUUUCCUGAUGAAGAUAAUGAUGAAGAUUUAUUAGUAGAAACUAAUGAAACAUUAGAAAAUAUUAAUGAAACAGAUAAUCAAAUUUCUGGACAAGAAGAUUAUAAUUGGGAUCCUGAAAAUGUUUUAAAUUCUGAUGAUGAUUAA